CGUCAGCAGCUUCCCGGAGCACCGAGGAAGAGCACUCCUCGCGAAAACGUGAAGAGCUCUCCAAACUCUACAGAAUACCUACAGCAAACUUGGUCACGGCAGUCUUGUAUCUAUCAGAUAACGUGAAUUUGGAUAAUAUUUCGUGACAGGAUGCGACGUACACGUCACGUAGUGUUGCCCGUACGAUCUUGGCAAUACAUUGGACUCUUAAUAGUAUCGCUCGCAUGUCUGACGCUAGGACUAGUGUCUAGGGAUAGGGAAGGACAUUCUGGUAGCCUCGCAGGACCUGAACUCACGCAUCGAGCUCCCCAUGAGGUGGACGCCUGUCCAAACUUAAAUCCUUUCGCCCAAGUGUCUGCUGAACAUCUGAUCACCGAACCGGAAAAAGCUGCCAAACCAAUUAACGAUCAUGAAAUUAAAGUAUCCAAAUCACCUAUAUCUCGAAGACUCUCUCGAUCUUUGAGUCUCGAUCGCUUGUCUAGAAUCGGUUCGCGGAAGAUUGAAGAACGAUCGUCCUCAAAUCUAAGGGCGAUUGAGAGGCUCUCAAGAUCCAGGACUCGCGUAUCUGACAACGAAUCCGUCAACCGGCUUCGAGAAUCGCGAUUUAGGACCAUCGUGGAAUCCCACAAUGCCAGAAACUCGUACGAUCCCGUCACUCGGCUGUCUCGAUCGCAAGAUUUAUCCAACCGAGCGACCGAUCGUCGUUCCAUCGUGCGAGAUUUGGAACGUCGUGUGGCCGAUCGUACGAAUUCCCGAUCACGAUCCACGGAACGACGCGAGCUCAACGAAAUCGCGCGUUGGCAAAAUCGCGUCGAUCGAUCGGUGGGUCGACAAAAUUUUCCCAAUCUUCAGGCUCGUAUGAACGAUCGCAGAUCACUCUCAAUGGAACGACGAGAAUCGAGUGAAAUCAAUCGGCAAGAAUCGCGCGAUGUUCUAGCUGCUCGUCGCGAAUACCGAGAUUUGAGACGAACUCGCGUGGACCAUCGAUCUGAGAUGCGCGAACGUAGAGUACGAUCUGUCGAACGUCGAGAUGCGGAACGAUCGAAUCGUCGCGAAGAUCGCGAAAGACUCCUGAAGGCUCGUUCGGAAGAUAUCGCACGAGGAGAUAUUGAUCGUAACAACAAUCUGAAUCGCCGAAACCGGAAACGAUCCCUUGACACCCGCCGCGCCCUUCUCGAUCGCGUUGCUAAUCAAGAACGCCGUGUUUCGAGUGUCAGGAAUUCUCGUAAAGAUCUCGUUAGAUCCAAUGAUCGUCGAUCGCAGUUUCGAUCGAUGGAUCGGAUGAACGAUUUCGAUCGCGAGACACUUAACAGGCGAGUCAGAUCGGUUGAAUCGAACAUCGAGAGAUCUAGUAGAUUGUCCUCUGAACGUAGAUCUUUGGCUCGAUCUGCGGAAAUAAAUCGUAUCGACCACCAAAGGAUUGAGAAUCGUCUUACCGGUCGAAGAUCUCUCGAUCGAAUGACGUCGCGAGUUCCGUCUGAAAACGUACGUCGAGAAAGGAUAAAUCGUUCGCAGAGGAUCGUAAGCCAACGUGAUUCGCGCGGGAACGUUGCGAGAGAUAAUUCUAUUAUUAAUCUAGUACGUUCAGUUUACGAAUCCGAAGACAUUUCGAGUCGGGAACGAAGAGACAGACAUAUUCGAUCUUCCCGUUCCGUAGAUCGUAAUUCGAUGUAUCGUCGGGAAUUUGCGAAGAUCAAAGAGUCUAGAGAUCGCAGAUCGCACGAUUCUUCAACGGAGCAACGAGAUUUAAUUCCGGAACGACGAGAAAGGACGAACCGCGUGUAUCGAUCUCGCGAGGAACGAAGGAUUGUCCCGCAGCAAUCUCGCGAACAAAUUGGACGAUUGUCUAGGAGAGCUCCGGAAAGACGAGUAUUAGAGCGACGCGAUUUACGAAGAUCGUCUGAGCGAAAAAUCGACGAGAACGCGAGAUCGCGCGAAGCAUCCAGGAUGACAGACCGACGUCUAGAACGAAACUCGGAGUUGCGAAUUUCUCAUGGAAGGAUUUUGGAAAAACGAUCUACUCCUAACUCACGAAAAUCAUUCGAGCGAAGGAUCGACGACAGCUCGAGAUUGCGCGAAGGAUCCAGGAUGCAAAAUCGUCACGUGGAACGUAACUCUGAACCGCGUGAUACAAUCUCGAUACGAAUGAUGGAUCGCAGAGCGAAUAGAGCAGCAGCUUACGAUAGAAGAAUCGUUCAUUCAUUGGAAAAGAGAUGGGAUGCGCGACGCGAUCAACAGGUCAGAAGCCUGGAGGAGCGUCGAGCUCGAUCAGCCGAAAAUCGAUUUACCGAAUCUCUUGAAAAAGAUUCUAUUAGACAAUUUCGUCACAGAUUAUCGAAUCUGAAUGUCAAGGAUUCAUCGCGACUCACCUCUCUUCGUCGAGUCAUCAGAGCUUCUCAAGUUCCUGAACAAAAUCGCCAACAACGAACAUUGUCUGCGGAGAGAAUGGUUUCUAGGAUCACAUCUAAUGAUCGAUUGUCCGCAAAAUGGGAAAAAAAUUCUCAAGACGCAAGCGUCGAGAAAACUGGAGCAAAAAUCGUUCUCAAGUCAAUGGACUACGAACUUUUCAAGUAUCCUGCGACGUAUGACUUUAUGAAACAAGCUGUCGUCGUGGCACUUUGCACCGUUUACGGACUUUCUCUCUAUAAUGGCAAAAAGACUCUUAUUGGCAACAAUAUGGUACAGCAAAUGCAACGUUUCAUAGUCUGGUAAAAGAGAUAUAAUUGGCUAUCACUGAAAACUGCUGCUUUCUGGACCUCUGCUUCUGUAGAUUUUAUUAUUUCACGAAUUCAAAUGUUAUGUUGCGAUAAAUGUGAUAUUUCCGAAAAUAUUCAGAAAUAUUAAUGUAUAUUAAUGUACAGCUGUGUGUAUCCCGCAAAAAUGUCGUAUAUAUCUCCAAGAUAUUUUGUCCGAAAAUAAAUAGUGUUAGAAUUGCGUAGUUAAA